AUGGAAGAAGAGCAAUGUUUACAUGAAUGUGAAAACUACAUUCAAAGUCAUAAUAUAUCAUUAUUAUUAAAGGAUUGUAUCGUGCAGUUGUGUGUAAACAAACCCGAAAAUCCAGUCUCAUUUCUCCGACAGUAUUUUCAAAAAUUAGAACGGGAACAAGUCAAAGCGGCUGCUGCUGCAGCGGCUGCGUCAGAAGGUGAAGGUGACGGCGAACUAUCACCACUCCCAGUGCCAGGUGGACAGCCGCCACGACGACGCGGUGGUAUCAGUGCUGAACCUGUCACUGAAGAAGAUGCUACUAGUUAUGUUAAAAAGGUUGUGCCAAAAGAUUAUAAAACUAUGGGUGCUCUGUCGAGGGCCAUAGCGUCAAAUGUACUCUUCACACAUUUGGAUGAGUCGGAGCGUGCAGAUAUGUUCGAUGCUAUGUUCCCAGUACAAUGCCUGCAUGGUGAAACAGUCAUUAGACAAGGGGAUGAAGGAGACAAUUUCUACAUUAUAGAUUCUGGGGAAGUUGAAGUUUUAGUGAAUGGAGAACAUGUUACAACCAUUGGAGAAGGGGGCAGUUUUGGAGAACUGGCUCUUAUAUACGGAACACCUAGAGCUGCCACUGUUCGCGCACGUACUCCUCUCAAGUUAUGGGGCUUAGAUCGUGACUCAUACCGCCGCAUCCUAAUGGGCUCUACCAUAAGAAAGCGACGCAUGUACGACGAAUUUUUGUCACGUGUAUCAAUAUUAGAAAGCUUAGAAAAAUGGGAGCGGCUAACAGUUGCGGACGCUUUAGAACCCGUCUCAUUUACUGACGGCGAGACAAUAGUACGCCAAGGUGAACCUGGGAAUGAUUUUUACAUAAUUGUGGAAGGAACCGCGGUAGUACUUCAGCAGAGAAGCGGUCAGGGAGAAGGAUCAGCAAUUGAAGUUGGGCGUUUGGGUCCCUCUGAUUAUUUUGGAGAAAUAGCAUUGCUACUAGACAGACCCCGAGCGGCUACAGUUCGAGCAGCCGGACCACUGAAGUGUGUCAAAUUAGACAGAGCUAGAUUCGAGAGAGUGCUUGGUUUAUGUGCAGAUAUCUUGAAGCGUAAUAUCGCGCAGUACAACAGUUUCGUGUCACUCUCUGUCUAA